AGUAAGGGUGAGAGUCAGAGUUAAGGUAGGCGGGGUGAGGUUCGAGUCAGACUUGGGGUUGUUGUCAGGGGUGGACUCGGGAUCAGGUCACGGUUUCCCUCAUGUGGCGAUCCCCUCUCAUCACAGCGGGCAGCGUGCUGGAGGAGCUUGGUGAAGAGCUCUUCAUGCAGCUGUUCAACCUUGAGCGGCACUCACUCGUCUACGUGGUGGACGUGACGGGCAGCAUGGGCGAUGACAUCGCUUUGGUGCGCGACAAGACCAAGGAGAUGGUGAUGGCAGUGGCCAACAAAACAGAGGCCCCCGAGACAUAUGUGCUCGUCACCUUCAGUGACCCCGAGGUUUACGAACCAUUUAUCACCAAGGACUGGACAGAGAUGUACCAGGCACUGGACUCUCUGGAAGUUGCUGGUGGCGGAGACUGCCCUGAGAUGGCGCUCUCAGCCCUGGAGCUUGCGUUGCAGAUCUCGCAGCCCGGGUCGGAUAUUUACCUGUUCACGGAUGCGGGAGCAAAGGACGAGGCGGAGAAGAAGGAUGCAGUGAAGGCGCUGUUUGAGAGCACAGAUUCCCGGCUGCAUGUGUUCAACACGGGAUCCUACUGUACACGCGGAACACAGCGAGACCUCUACUCACGCGCCAGCGAGCCACGUCAAAAUAUAUACGAGACCCUGGCAGCGCUGUCGGGCGGCCAGUAUAUCCUGACGAGCAAGGGCGAGCUGGCCGAUGUGCUGGGCAGCUUGGAGCUGAGCCUCAACGCGGCGCCCGUCUCUGUGCGUUACGUGGAGGUCACGACCCCGGACUCCGUGACCUUCCCCGUGGACUCGUCGCUGUCCGAAAUCGUCGUGUCUGUGAGCGGCCCGGCCUCCUUCACUGUGGAGCUGUUACUUCCCUCAGGUGAUCUCGCCACCGACGUGGAGGAGCUCGUGUCCUCCAGCCAGAACGUCGUGCGCAGGGUAACCACGGUGACCCCAGGCACCUGGACGGUCAAAGUCACGGGGUCGCCGGGGCCUCACCUGGUGAAGGUGACCGGGCGGAGCCUGGUCGACUUCACUGCUCAGCUGCUGCAGCGGAUGAACGGGUUCAUGCUGCCAAUUCCGGGGCGCCCCGUCACGGGUACGGCGCGCGGGGUGACGGUGGCCGGUUACGUCAGGUGUGCGUAGGCCUCGGCAAACAAUGAGCCUACCUUUACCCUACCUUUUACCUUACCACAAUACAAUCACUCUACCCUACCUUUUAC